AUGGGAAAGACGAUUGGUUGUGGUACUAGGUGGGGCAAACUCUACUACUUGGACUGGGCACCGAAUAAUGAGACCAAGGUAGGUCAAGCUUUCACAACAAGAGGAACUCGUUCUGAGGGAGAGAGAGACAAAGUUUGGUUCUUCCAAUGUGAUACGUGUGAAUUGGCUAAGAGCCAUCUUGUCCCGUUCCCAUUAAGUUCAAAUAAGAGUUUGGUUCCGUUUUCUCUUGUUCAUUCUGAUAUUUGGGGACCUGCUAAAAUUGCCACUCUGGUAGGAGCUCAAUAG